AUGAGGACAUCAUUUACUCUCUUACCGCUUCUUUCCUCUCUAUUUUAUCUUAUCUCCGAGGCUACAAUCACUCCUCCAUCUGAAGACUCCUUCUAUGAUCAGCCGAGUAACAUCAGUGACUAUGAUAACGGCGAAGUAGUUCGCUCCCGUUCCGUGUCCCCUGAACUUGUGUCUUUUCUAUCACUCCCAGUCGAUGUAUCCGUCCAGACUGUUCACCAAUAUUUUUUCCGAACUACCGACAGUCUCGGUGAUGCCGCUGGGUCAGUGGUGACUCUUAUAGAACCAUAUAAUUCUGAUCCAUCCAAGUUGCUCGGGUAUCAGGCAUUCUAUGAUAGUGCCAAUGUAGAUUGCAGUCCUUCUUAUACUCUACGCGCGGACUAUCAGAAUCUUGGUUUGACCGUCUCCGGAUUGAAUGUGUCAGAAGAUAUCCCUUUUAUUGCCGCAGCUCUCAAUCUGGGCUGGUGGGUCUUCACAACCGAUUACGAAGGACUCAAUGCAGAAUUCACUGUCGGACUACAAACAGGUCAUGCUGUCCUAGAUUCUACCCGCGCAGUCCUUAGUUCUGGCCCUUCAGUUGGACUAUCAAGCGAUCCCGUAUAUGCACUAUGGGGCUACUCUGGUGGCUCGCUGGCAUGCACAUGGGCUGCAGAGUUACAGCCUUCGUAUGCGCCGGAACUAAGCUAUGCUGGUAUCGCCGUUGGAGGCACAACACCGAAUAUUAGUUCUGUCUUGGAGACUAUCAAUAAUGGCUCAGAUGCUGGUCUUGCAUUCUCUGGUAUUUACGGCCAGGCAAAGGCGUUUCCCAACCUGACAGAGUGGAUGAGUUCAAAUCUAGUGUCUUCGAAGUCAGAUCAAUUCUACUCCAUCGCAAAUGGAUGUCUUUCUCAGGCUACUGAUACUGGUGCUGAUCAAGAUAUCUAUUCUUAUUUUGAGGAUGGAGAAGACUCAUUCUAUGAUGCCGUGCCUGAGUCUAUCUUUACGUGGUCGGGGCAGCUGGGACUUCACGGCACUCCGACAGUACCUUUGUUUAUCUAUAAAGCUAUUGGUGAUGAGAUCAGUCCUGUGGCAGAUACGGAUUACAUUGUGUCCAAGUAUUGUGAUGAAGGUGCUACUAUUGAAUAUCAUCGGGAUUUGGUUGGGAAUCAUGAGACUGAGGCGAUCUCGGGUUCAGCAAGUGCGUUGGCAUGGUUGUCGGAUCGCUUGAAUGGGGAGAGUGUGAGCAGUGGGUGUACUACUGAGGAUGUUAUUCUUUCUUCCUUCAGUGUUGAGACGCUGGUACUACUUGGAGAGGAAUUGUUCUCACUGCUCGAGGCAACACUGGGGGGACUGCUAUAA